GAAGCCUUGAUGCAUUGAGCUUUGUAUCUGCUUCAACUUGUCGAUCUUGCUGGCGCUCGGCAUCUUGUCCCGAUGGUCUUCCUAUUUCGUCAAUAUCUUGUCGUUCGUACUUGGUUGAGACACUACAGAUCUAGGGAUACACAACUCCGCCCCAUCCAAGCAUACAGCCUGCCCCAAGGCAUCCAUUUCGUUCGAUCAUUGCUGUAUCUUACUAGCGCUGAUGUGUCGCCUUUGUGGGGCUGCCUGCAUUAGCUCCCUACCAAGAUGCCCUUCAAUCUCAGAGAUUAUCUAUGUAAUUCCACUCGCUAGUUUCAUCAUCCUUUCAAUCGUCUUGGCUGUCAGCUGAUUAUUUUUGCCCUCUUUACUUUGCUUUCUCGCUUUCUCGCUUGCUUACUACUUCUUUCAUUUCAUCGUUUGAUAAGUGUAUUACAGACUCCUACAGCCAACCAGGACAUGGAGUCCAGACUAGCCUCGUUCUGUCUGUGGGCAACCCUGCUACAAUCAGUACAUAUAACUCUCACCGCCGCGACAUGCUACUUUCCAAAUACCGAGGAGACUCUCGAAAACUAUCCGUGCAAUCCAGACGUGGAUGACAGUCCAUGCUGCGGAGGCGGCCUUGGCAAUGUGUGUCUGUCCAACGGCCUCUGCCUCAGCGGAGACGGACAUCUGAUCCGAGGUGCUUGCACUAACACGGACUGGAAUGGAUGCCCCAAUAUUUGCCUGAGCGCAUCAACCGGCGGUACGGAUCUGAUCUCGUGCUCAAACGUCACCAGCACUGACAACUCGUAUUGCUGUGACCACACCAACGGUUGCUGCGACUCGGCCGUUGGGCGCUUCAACGUCCUGCCUUCGAAUCCCACCACUUCGGCGUCUUGGAACGUGGCAUCUACGCGGUAUGUUGUUGUCUCGCAGGCGUCAUCCACAACGAGUUCUUCGUCAACAAACACAAGAAGUGCUGCUUCCCAGACGGCCACCUCGAGUACCACGAGUACUGAUAUCGAACCGACCGAAACAUCGUCAGUCUCUUCGUCCGAGCUGAGCACUGGCGCGAAAGUAGGCAUCGGCGUCGGCGUGGGUGUAGGCGCCCUGAUGUUUGGGAUCCUGGUAUAUAUUCUAUGGAGGUUGGGGCAGACGGACAAAUUAGUCCGAGGAGGACAGCAGCCCCCGGAUGGGCCCGCGAGCCAAGAAUCGAAGGAGAUGGUUACCGGUAACAAUACCGAUUAUUUCCAACCAUACCAGGAAGCACCGGCCGAGCUCUCGCCCCAGGCGGUAAGGAGAGAACUUUCCGCUUGGACUCCGCCGCAAGAAUUGCAGGCACACAAUCUCCAUGCGGAGUUGCCUGCGCACCGUGAAACUAGAGCGACGUAGCGAGUUUUAAUUUAUGAGAUGGUGGUGAGGGACAAUGAGUGAAGGAUAUGCGUUCAUGUGUUCAAUUUCAGCCAGGUUUAUACAUCAGGCAGACAGAUUAUGAUAUAACGUACCCCACAAGCAAGU